AUGGACGACGUGAUUACGCUUAUUUUGGUUCAUGGAGGUGCUAUGGACAUGUCUGGUGUGGUUCCGCAGUAUGUUGGUGGUGUGGAAGACGUCAUCGACAUUCAUCGUGAUGUCGUGUCUUACUUUGAGAUUACGAAGACCCUUAUUGAAGAUUUGUCCUAUCUAUCGGUUGAAAGGGUUUGGUACUUGACCCCGGGGGAAGACAUGGCUACUGGAUUGCACGAAGUUCACUCUGAUGUGGAAGUCAUGACCUUACUUACAGAUGCCGAGAAAGGAGAUUUGAGGGUCUACUUCGAGGCAACUAAAGACAUUGGUGAGUUUGGCUAUAUGGGUGACAACUAUGGUCAUGAUCCUCAAGGAUCGGAAGAGGAUGGUGAGCAGUCGGCUGUGCCUGAGAUUCUGCGAGUGGAGGAGAGUGAUGAUGCUCAAACAUCUGACGAGGAGUACCACGAAAUUAUGAAGACAGUUCGACAACGGAGGCAGCAUUUUAGAGCACAGUAUGUGGAAUCGGGGGACGAGGUUGAUCAGGUGUUGCGUGAGGAUGAUGGUCAGAGUUUGGCUGGUGACAAUGAUGAGGUAGAUGGUGAAGUUGCAGCAGAUGAUGAAGUUGCAGCAAAUGCUGAAGUUGCAGAUGAUGAAGGGGUAACAAAUGCUGAAGUUGCACAUGAUGAAGGGGUAGCAAAUGCUGAAGUUGCACAUGAUGAAGGGGUAGCAGAUGAUGAAGGUGGUGAUGCAAAUGAUGAAUGCUCGAUGGAAACUGAGUACAGGGCAUCUGAGGAAUCUGCUCAUGUUCGAGGUGAUAUUGGUGAAGAGGUUAACUCAUUUAUUUUUGACAAGAGCUUGUUCUAUGAUCCGAAGUGUGAUCAUAGAACAUUGAAUUUCAAGCCUCGUAUGCGUUUCACUAGUCCUGGGCAGUUUAAAGAAGCUGUAAUCAGCAAUGCGAUUUAUAAUGGAGCAGACAUUAGAUGGGCAAGGAGUAGUGGAGUGAGAAAGGAAGCUGUAUGUGCAAAUAGGAAAGAAUAUCAGUGUGGUUGGAGGGUGUAUGCGAGUUGGUGGCGCAAAAACGAAUGCUUUAUGGUGAAAGGAGUUGGUGAAGCUCAUAGCUGCCCCCGGUCUCUUCGGAUCCGUGCAGCUGGUUACAAGUGGAUGGCCAAAGAAUAUCUGGAAACAUUUAGGGUCAAUCAAGCGUGGGAUGUUGGGCUAAUAGCAAACGAGGUGAAGCGCAAGUUCAACCUGAUUGUAUCAACUGCUACUUGCUACCGAGCCAGGUUGGAAGCUCGUCGGCUGCUGUAUGGGUCUCUUGAAGAAGACUUUCACCAAAUUAGGGACUACAUAGGCCAUCUUAUAAAAGUGGACCCUCAAGGCAAAUUCCUUUUGGAAGUGGAUAUUGAGCCUGGUGAAGACAAGGUCUUUUUCAAAAGACUCUACGUUGGCUUUUCGAGUUUGUGUAAAGGGUUCAUAGCGGAAUGUCGACCUUUCUUUUGCCUCGACGGCUGUUUCCUAAAAGGAGAGGUGCAAGGCAUGCUACUGUCGGCUGUUGGGAAGGACGGGAACAACCACAUGUUCCCAAUCGCUUGGGCGGUUGUGGAAUCAGAAAACAAAAGUUCGUGGAUAUGGUUUGUAAGCGCAUUGCAAGAGCAGCUUGGGACACUCGAUGGAAAGGGCUUCACAAUUGUGUCAGACCAACAGAAGGUAUUUUACUUUUGCUGGUGA